AUGAAGUUUGAACACCUACUCUCGCUUGUCAAUGGAUUUGGACGGUUCCAGAUGAUGAUCAUUAUCAUCAGCUUUAUUGGUCGAUUCACCCUGCCGUGUCACUUCCUGCUGAACAACUUCAUAGCGGCCGUGCCCUCUCACCACUGUGAUCUCAGCGCUCUGGAUGAUGGCAGCGUCUUUGGGAAUCUGACCCAGGAGCAGAGACUGACUGUCAGUGUUCCAGUACAGGAAGACGGGACUCCAAGCUCCUGUAAGAUGUUCCCAGAGCCCCAGUUCCACCUCCUGUCCAACUCCAAUAACAGUGACCUAGCUACAGUCCCCUGUCAGAAUGGAUGGGCAUAUGACAACAGCACCUUCAAAUCCACUCUGGCUACAGAGGUAAGUCUUUCUGUCUCUUUGUCACUAGACUAUAGAAGUCGGAAGGUCAUGUUGUAGUCAUUGAAUGUCUCAUUGAAUGAAAGGUAAUGUUGUACUCAUUGAAUGUCAUUCUUUGACCACGACAGAUGUUGCAUAGAAAUGAAGUGUUAUUUGUAGUUUCAAAUCUCUUUGAAUGCAUAUUUGAAUAUUGUUGCAUUGCUAGCUACUCAAUGAAAGUAUUUCACAAAAGGUAAGUAGAGAGGCCGUUCUCAUGUUGAAGGAGUUGUCUGUUUAUUCUUCUUUCUACCUCUCUCAUCAGUGGGACUUGGUGUGUGACCAGAAAGGGCAAAAUAAGGCGACAACAACCAUCUUCUUCAUAGGCGUAAUGUUCGGAGCUAUGACCUUUCGAAGUCUGAGUGACAGGUAAGUUAACAGUCAUUUAUUCAUUCACAGACAGUGGAUUUUAGAGUCACCUUAAACCUAAUCUCUGAUGUACAGAUGCACGUAACAUAACUGCUAUGGUAGUGUCUGUCAACAGACUGUGGGAUGCUACGACUGUCACUGAUCAUUUGGAAAAAUCACGAUUUUGCAGGUGUUAGCAGCUUUUGGCCCAUAGCCUUGUUUCUUUUUGACCAUUUUAAUAGAAUACUGUUACAGUAAGGUACUUAAUUGUUACCUAGAAAUGGUUUGAUAUUGAUAUAAAAACAGCUGCAUUUUGACUUUAAUAUUUUUAAAUCAAUCAAAUUAAGAGGAAUUUUGUAUUUGUAUUCUCUCUACAAACUCUUAUCUUAUUAUCUUUUUAAUCGAAAGAGGGGAACUGCCUCGCACUACAGAAACAGGAGAUAGGCUCCUGCCCUAUGGGCCGUUCUGGCUCGGACAAGGCUACUUAAUGUACAGAUGUAGGAUCUUAAUUUGAGCCAGUUUUCUAUAGAAAAGAAUCCUGCAGCAACAGGAAAUGUGAAUUAUUAUGUGGAUUAUAAUUAAUGGACAUUUUUGUAGGGUUUGAUCAUUUUUUUUGUAAGUAAAACAUCAAGUCUGAAAUUUCAAAGUGGAAAUCAGAAGCCUUUUUAAACCUCAAAUACACUACAAGUUUUACAUUUCCUGCAUUGCAGGGAAGUUCUCCUGCAACAUGGUGAUCAAAUUAAGAUCCUACAUCUGUAUGUAGAUGUUUCUGUUCACCUUCUCUUCAAAUGUUGUCUUUUGUCUCUAGGUUUGGUAGGAAGACCAUGCUCCUGGUGUCCUAUAUCUCUGGCAUGCUCUUUGGUAUUGCCAGUGCUUUCUCCACCUCCUUCAUCAUGUUCGCUGUGCUCAGGUUCUUCACUGGGUUCGGUAUCACCGGCAUUGUCAUCGUCUCAUCAGUGCUCAGUGAUUAUGCACACGCACACAGGCACACACACACCCACACUCGAAUAUGAAGCCCACCCACUAGACAAAUACAGAUAACCCAAGUUGCACCACAGAUACUACCCUCUCCUCAUCUGGGGUUGUGUUGUGGUGCUGUCCCAUCUCUUCAGGUGUGGAGUGGGUGGACAUUGAGCACAGGAAGCUGGUGGGAGUGAUUGAUAGCCUAUCCUGGACAUUUGGUUACUGCAUGAUUCCAGCCAUAGCCUACUGUGUGACCGACUGGAGACAGCUGACCAUAGCGGUCACCUCACCUCUCGCUCUAGCCAUACUCAUCUGGAGGUUAGAGGGAGGGAGGGAGGGAGGGAGGGUCUGACUGAUGGACUGACAAAAAAAGGAAUGGACAGUUAACCGUUGCUGUGUAAUUGUGAAUGACAUCUUUACCUCCUCCAAUAGGUGGAUUCCUGAGUCAGCCAGGUGGCUCAUAGCCAAUGGGAAGUUUGAGAAAGCUUACUUUUAUUUGCAACAAUGUGCCCAGAUGAACCAGAAGGAGGAGUUUGGAUCCAAAAUUACACCAGAGGUGAGCGAAUGUCAGGAUCGGAUAAAUUUUAGCAAUAUGGUAAUUCCUUCACCUUUCCUUCUAGCCUGGUCCCAGAUCUGUUUGUGCCUUCUUGCUAACUCCUAUGGUCAGAGUUGGCAAGACAGCACAAACAGAUCUGGGACCAGGUUACUUUCCCUCUGCUGGGCUGGGUGGGAUAUAUUUUUGCCAUGUUGCUUAUACUGAUCCAAAUGGUUCAGAUGUACACGAGGCCUAGGUGGUAGAGUCUAAGGGUUAGGGGUUGAUUUGGGAUUCAGCAACUGAUCCGCCUCUAUUUUUCUCCCCACCAGACUCUGUCCAGUAUCAUUGUGACAGAAAGAAAAGACAGAACUCACUCCUACCUGGACCUGGUCAGAACCCCAAAGAUGAGGAGACUGGCUCUACUAACAGGCAUAGUGUGGUGAGUAUCCUCGGUCUCAUAUCUGGCUCUAAUAACAGGCAUAGUGUGGUGAGUAUCCCCGCUCUCAUAUCUGGCUCUACUAACAGGCAUAGUGUGGUGAGUAUCCCCGGUCUCAUGAUGUCUGUUACAAAUCGCUUUAGUAGAUCCGUGUUCAUCAAGUCUGGCUAAACAUAACAAUGUAAGAGUAAUGUAAGAAUGUAUUGAUUAAUUUAAGUUGGGUAACAUUUCAUUUGAAAAUGUCAUGAAAUUUAAAUGUUUAGCUCAACUCAAACUGUCACGACACAUCACAUCAGUCUACACAGUUUAACAACACCAACAAUGCCAACCUGAUUUCUCCUCCCAAAGGUAUGGUGUGGCGUCAACAUUUUAUGGCAUUAGCUUCAACAUCACUGGAUUUGGACUCAACAUCUAUCUAACCCAGUUUGUGUACGGUGCCAUAGAGCUGCCAGCCAAACUGUCAGCGUACUACCUUCUGGAUAAGGUGGGCAGGAGAAACACUGAAGUGGGAUCUCUGCUAGGAGCUGGAGUCUGUCUCGCUAUCAAUAUCUUUAUACCCAGAGGUGAGGACCUCUUUUUUUUUUGAUCAGGGAGGUGGGCAACUCCCAUCCAGGAACAAUAUCAUCUUUAUAUAAACUGGGUGGUUCGAGCCCUGAAUGCUGAUUGGCUGACAGCCGUGGUAUAUCAGACCGUAUACCACGGGUAUGACAAAACAUUUAUUUUUACUGCUCUAAUUACGUUGGUAACCAGUUUAUAAUAGGAAUAAGGCACCUCGGGUGUUUGUGGUAUAUGGCCAAUAUACCACGGCUAAGGGCUGUAUCCAGGCACUCCGCGUUGUGUCUUGCAUAAGAACAGUCCUUAGCCAUGGUAUAUUGGCCAUACAGGGAGGGAAAAAAGUAUUUGAUCCCCUGCUGAUUUUGUACGUUUGCCCACUGACAAAGAAAUGAUCAGUAUAUAAUUUUAAUGGUAGGUUUAUUUGAACAGUGAGAGACAGAAUAACAACAAAAAAAUCCAGAAAAACGCAUGUCAAAAAUGUUAUAAAUUGAUUCGCAUUUUAAUGAGGGAAAUAAGUAUUUGACCCCCUCUCAAUCAGAAAGAUUUCUGGCUCCCAGGUGUCUUUUAUACAGGUAACGAGCUGAGAUUAGGAGCACACUCUUAAAGGGAGUGUUCCUAAUCUCAGUUUGUUACCUGUAUAAAAGACACCUGUCCACAGAAGCAAUCAAUCAAUCAGAUUCCAAACUCUCCACCAUGGCCAAGACCAAAGAGCUCUCCAAGGAUGUCAGGGACAAGAUUGUAGACCUACACAAGGCUGGAAUGGGUUACAAGACCAUCGCCAAUCAGCUUGGUGAGAAGGUGACAACAGUUGGUGCGAUUAUUCGCAAAUAAUAAUCUCCCGAGUGGCGCAGUGGUCUAAGGCACUGCAUCGCAGUGCUAACUGUGCCACUAGAGAUCCUGGUUCGAAUCCAGGCUCUGUCGUAGCCGGCCGCGACCGGGAGACUCAUGGGCGGCGCACAAUUGGCCCAGCGUCGUCCAGGGUAUGGGGAGGGAAUGGCCGGCAGGGAUGUAGCUCAGUUGAUAGAGCAUGGCGUUUGCAACGCCAGGGUUGUGGGUUCGAUUCCCACGGGGGGCCAGUAUAAAUAAAAAUAUGUAUUCACUAACUGUAAGUCGCUCUGGAUAAGAGCGUCUGCUAAAUGACUAAAAUGUAAAUGUAAAUGUAAAUGGAAGAAACACAAAAUAACUGUCAAUCUCCCUCGGCCUGGGGCUCCAUGCAAGAUCUCACCUCGUGGAGUUGCAAUGAUCAUGAGAACGGUGAGGAAUCAGCCCAGAACUACACAGGAGGAUCUUGUCAAUGAUCUCAAGGCAGCUGGGACCAUAGUCACCAAGAAAACAAUUGGUAACACAAUACACAGUGAAGGACUGAAAUCCUGCAGCGCCCGCAAGGUCCUCCUGCUCAAGAAAGCACAUAUACAGGCCUGUCUGAAGUUUGCCAAUGAACAUCUGAAUGAUUCAGAGGAGAACUGGGUGAAAGUGUUGUGGUCAGAUGAGACCAAAAUCGAGCUCUUUGGCAUCAACUCAACUCGCCGUGUUUGGAGGAGGAGGAAUGCUGCCUAUGACCCCAAGAACACCAUCCCCACCGUCAAACAUGGAGGUGGAAACAUUAUGCUUUGAGGUUGUUUUUCUGCUAAGGGGACAGGACAACUUCACCACAUCAAAGGGACGAUGGACGGGGCCAUGUACCGUCAAAUCUUGGGUGAGAACCUCCUUCCCUCAGCCAGGGCAUUGCAAAUGGGUCGUGGAUGGGUAUUCCAGCAUGACAAUGACCCAAAACACACGGCCAAGGCAACAAAGGAGUGGCUCAAGAAGAAGCACAUUAAGGUCCUGGAGUGGCCUAGCCAGUCUCCAGACCUUAAUCCCAUAGAAAAUCUGUGGAGGGAGCUGAAGGUUCGAGUUGCCAAACGUCAGCCUCGAAACCUUAAUGACUUGGAGAAGAUCUGCAAAGAGGAGUGGGACAAAAUCCCUCCUGAGAUGUGUGCAAACCUGGUGGCCAACUACAAGAAACGUCUGACCUCUGUGAUUGCAAACAAGGGUUUUGCCACCAAGUACUAAGUCAUGUUUUGCAGAGUGGUCAAAUACUUAUUUCCCUCAUUAAAAUGCAAAUCAAUUUAUAAAAUGUUUGACAUGCGUUUUUCUGGAUUUUUUUGUUGUUAUUCUUUCUCUCACUGUUCAAAUAAACCUACCAUUACAAUUAUAGACUGAUCAUGUCUUUGUCAGUGGGCAAACGUACAAAAUCAGCAGGGGAUCAAAUACUUUUUUCCCUCACUGUAUACCACACCCCCUCAGGCAUUAUUGCUUAAAUAUAGGAGUUAUAAUCUAAAACGGGUGCUGGCAGUAGGGGCUGCAGUGUGUGCAGGCUUUUGUUCCAGUAACAUACUACUUGAUUCAACUAAUAGCUCAAUUGAAGACCAUGCUUAGUUGAAUCAGGUGUGUAGCAGGGCUGGAACAUACCCUGGCAGUUACAGUGAGGGAAAAAAGUAUUUGAUCCCCUGCUGAUUUUGUACGUUUGCCCACUGACAAAGACAUGAUCAGUCUAUAAUUGUAAUGGUAGGUUUAUUUGAACAGUGAGAGAAAGAAUAACAACAAAAAAAUCCAGAAAAACGCAUGUCAAACAUUUUAUAAAUUGAUUUGCAUUUUAAUGAGGGAAAUAAGUAUUUGACCCCUCUGCAAAACAUGACUUAGUACUUGGUGGCAAAACCCUUGUUGGCAAUCACAGAGGUCAGACAUUUCUUGUAGUUGGCCACCAGGUUUGCACACAUCUCAGGAGGGAUUUUGUCCCACUCGUCUUUGCAGAUCUUCUCCAAGUCAUUAAGGUUUCGAGCCUGACGUUUGGCAACUCGAACCUUCAGCUCCCUCCACAGAUUUUCUAUGGGAUUAAGGUCUGGAGACUGGCUAGGCCACUCCAGGACCUUAAUGUGCUUCUUCUUGAGCCACUUCUUUGUUGCCUUGGCCGUGUGUUUUGGGUCAUUGUCAUGCUGGAAUACCCAAUCCACGACCCAUUUUCAAUACCCUGGCUGAGGGAAGGAGGUUCUCACCCAAGAUUUGACGGUACAUGGCCCUGUCCAUCGUCCCUUUGAUGCGGUGAAGUUGUCCUGUCCCCUUAGCAGAAAAACACCCCCAAAGCAUAAUGUUUCCACCUCCAUGUUUGACGGUGGGGAUGGUGUUCUCGGGGUCAUAGGCAGCAUUCCUCCUCCUCCAAACAUGGCGAGUUGAGUUGAUGCCAAAGAGCUAAAUUUUGGUCUCAUCUGACCACAACACUUCCACCCAGUUCUCCUCUGAAUCAUUCAGAUGUUCAUUGGCAAACUUCAGACGGGCCUGUAUAUGUGCUUUUUUGAACAGGGGGACCUUGCGGGCGCUGCAGGAUUUCAGUCCUUCAUGGCGUAGUGUGUUACCAAUUGUUUUCUUGGUGACUAUGGUCCCAGCUGCCUUGAGAUCAUUGACAAGAUCCUCCCGUGUAGUUCUGGGCUGAUUCUUCACCAUUCUCAUGAUCAUUGCAACUCCACGCCCCAGGCAGAGGGAGAUUGACAGUUAUUUUGUGUUUCUUCCAUUUGCGAAUAAUCACACCAACUGUUGUCACCUUCUCACCAAGCUGCUUGGCGAUGGUCUUGUAGCCCAUUCCAGCCUUGUGUAGGUCUACAAUCUUGUCCCUGACAUCCUUGGAGAGCUCUUUGGUCUUGGCCAUGGUGGAGAGUUUGGAAUCUGAUUGAUUGAUUGCUUCUGUGGACAGGUGUCUUUUAUACAGGUAACAAACUGAGAUUAGGAGCACUCCCUUUAAGAGUGUGCUCCUAAUCUCAGCUCGUUACCUGUAUAAAAGACACCUGGGAGCCAGAAAUCUUUCCGAUUGAGAGGGGGUCAAAUACUUAUUUCCCUCAUUAAAAUGCAAAUCAAUUUAUAACAUUUUUGACACGCGUUUUUCUGGAUUUUGUUGUUGUUAUUCUGUCUCUCACUGUUCAAAUAAACCUACCAUUAAAAUUAUAGACUGAUCAUUUCUUUGUCAGUGGGCAAACGUACGCAAUCAGCAGGGGAUCAAAUACUUUUUUCCCUCACUGUACUAGAUUACAACUCUACAAGAGUUAUCACGACUUUACAGGAGUUAUCACGACUUUACAGGAGUUAUCACGACUUUACGGGAGUUAUCACGACUCUACAGGAGUUAUCACGAUGUCACGAUCGUCGUAGAGAGUAGACCAAGGCGCAGCGUGAUGAACGAACAUGUUUAUUUAUCUUUAGUGAUAAAUACGGACAAUAAACAAAACAACAAACGAUACGUGCAGUCCUACGGUUUAACACAACCACGGAACAAACCAAACGGAAACAAGAUCCCACAAACACUAUGGGAAAACAGACUGUUUAAAUAUGGUUCCCAAUCAGAGACAACCAGCCACAGCUGACACUCGUUGCCUCUGAUUGAGAACCACACUGGCCAACAUAGAAAUACAAUACUAGAACACGACAUAGAAACACAAACACAUAGAAACUACACACCCUGGCUCAAAAUAUAGAGUCCCCAGAGCCAGGGUGUGACAGUACCUCCCCCCAAAGGCGCGGACUGCGACCGCGCCUCAACAAAACCCAAACAGGGGAGGGCUGGGUGGGCAUUCCUCCUCGGAGGCGGUUCCGGCUCCGGGCUUGACCACCACCCUUCAAUAAUCCCCCCGUAGCGCCCCUGGUCCGGUCUGGCCCCGCUGGCUGGAGCUGGACUGGACAUCGAAGGAGCGGAUUGCUUAAGCUCCGUUGUGGAGCAGCUGACCGGUACCUGAUCAGGCACCGGUGACCCAGGCACGGGUUGUGCCGGACUGACGACGCGCACCCCUGGCUUGGUGCGUGGAGCAGUAACGGACCGGACCGGGCUGACGAUGCGCACCCCUGGCUUGGUGCGUGGAGCAGCAACGGGCCGGACCGGGCUGACGAUACGCACCCCUGGCUUGGUGCGUGGAGCAGGAACGGGCCUUACCAGGCUGACGACUCGCACCCCUGGCUUGGUGCGAGUAGCCGGAACAGGCCUGGCCGGGCUGGCGACACGCACCGUAGGCUUGGUGCGAGUGGCAGGAACAGGCCGGGCCGGGCUGGCGACGCGCACCGUAGGUUUGGUGCGAGUGGCAGGAACAGGCCGGGCCGGGCUGGCGACGCGCACCGUAGGUUUGGUGCGAGUGGCAGGAACAGGCCGGGCCGGGCUGGCGACGCGCACCGUAGGCUUGGUGCGAGUGGCAGGAACAGGCCGGGCCGGGCUGGCGACGCGCACCGUAGGCUUGGUGCGAGGGGCAGGAACAGGCCGGGCCGGGCUGGCGACGCGCACCGUAGGCUUGGUGCGGGGAGCAGGAACAGGCCGGGCCGGACUGGCGACGUGCACCAUUAACUUAGUGCGGGGAGCAGGAACGGGCCGGACUGGACUGGUGACGCACACCACUUGCUUGGUGUGAGGAGGGCGGGACUGGGUUUCGUCAUAACCCUCCGCUCCCUCAGCUGCCUACCUAGUUCCUCUCGCCGUGCCUCUAUUCUCACCUUCUCCCUUAUCGCCUCCAGUAACUCUACCCUCUGCACCACUAACUCCUGCUCCCUCUGCGCCAAUAGCCCCCUUAACCUGGUGGCCUCCUCACCUAACCUCCUACUAUGCCCUGUAGCUGCCUCCUGCUGCCCCGUCGCCCAUGCCGUAUGCCCCCCCCUAAAAAUUUUUUGGGGUUGCCUCUCGUCCGUCCGACGACGACACUGUUGACGCCGUUGCUCCUCUCUCCGUCGCGCCUCUACCGUCUCACUCCAUGGACGGCGAUCCAUCCCGGCCUGGAUUUCCUCCCAGGUCCAGGACCCCUGCCCGUCCAAGAUCUGUUCCCACGUCCAGACUGCCUGCUCCUGGACACGCUGCUUGGUCCUGGUAUGGUGGGAUCUUCUGUCACGAUCGUCGUAGAGAGUAGACCAAGGCGCAGCGUGAUGAACGAACAUGUUUAUUUAUCUUUAGUGAUAAAUACGGACAAUAAACAAAACAACAAACGAUACGUGCAGUCCUACGGUUUAACACAACCACGGAACAAACCAAACGGAAACAAGAUCCCACAAACACUAUGGGAAAACAGACUGUUUAAAUAUGGUUCCCAAUCAGAGACAACCAGCCACAGCUGACACUCGUUGCCUCUGAUUGAGAACCACACUGGCCAACAUAGAAAUACAAUACUAGAACACGACAUAGAAACACAAACACAUAGAAACUACACACCCUGGCUCAAAAUAUAGAGUCCCCAGAGCCAGGGUGUGACACACGACUCUACAGGAGUUAUCACGACUUUACAGGAGUUAUCACGACUCUACAGGAGUUAUCACGACUUUACAGGAGUUAUCACGACUCUACGGGACUUAUCACAUCUAGUAAUGCUGGGGUCUGUUCCAGUCUGUUUCAGUUAUUUCUGGUCUCAUCUUAAAGAUUGAAAUAAGGUGUGUAACUUUGAGUUAAAUGAAAGGUCAUGUUGUUCCCCUCCUCUCUUUCAGACAUGUCUGUUUUAAGGACGGUGGUAGCAGUACUGGGGAAGGGUUGCUCGGCAACAUCCUUCACAACCGUCGUGUUGUACAGCUCUGAGCUGUUCCCUACUGUGGUCAGGUAAAUCCCUCUCCGGUCUCCUCUCAGAGGGAUAUUUGUCUAGCGUAGUGGUUGCACUGACGACUCCAAACCACAUCCCCACGGCAAUGGGGGUUCCCACCUCGGCUACUUUCCUAUCUAUGCCCCUUUACUUUCAACUUUCCUGUGGAAAUGCCAUUAAGAAUGGAGAAAAUACAGUAAGAGAUCAGCAUCGGGAGAUUGGGAUUCCGAUUGAAAGUGUAACUAAAGACCAGUCAAAACGUGUGUUCGGUAUCUUUCUCUCCGUCUCUCAGGCAGAAUGGCAUGGGCUACAACUCAUCUAUGGGUCGUCUGGGAGUGUCUCUGGCCCCUCUGAUCCUGCUGCUGGACGAGGUGUGGAGGGACCUUCCCCAGGUCAUCCUCUGCUCCAUAGCCCUGCUGGCUAGCCUGGUGGCCAGGAUGCUGCCUGAGACACGGGACCGCUGUCUACCAGAGACCAUCCAGGACGUCGAGGACGGGCAGACAGGGUACGAUAUAGACUCUGAUAGCCUCUGUGAUACAGACACUUAAGGUUGGAUUCAAUAGAGCGCAUUAUAGAGCAGCGCACUAGACUGCUAACAACGAGCCUUGUAAAGGUCCAAUAUGCAGAAAUCACUCCGCCAUUGCGUGGUUGCUAAAAUUCUAAAAUGUUUUCCUAUAAUUUCAAUUUAUGUGACAAAACAAACAAUGUACAUUUACAUUACAUUUCAGUCAUUUAUAGAGAAUCAUUGUACCAUCUAAACCUCUGUGAAAUAUACUGUAUUUUCAAUAACCCAAAAUAUAGUAUUUUCUACUUUUUAAAGCUGGUGUCCAAACCUAAAGUAAAAGGAUGCAAAAACUAAACUUAAGGAAGUGAAGAAUAAAAACUUGCGCACACAGAACGGAUAUACCGCUUAUCAGACAUGCUUUCAAUGAGAAUGACAGGUCUAUAACUUACAUUUUUACAUGAAUUUGGUUGGGUUGAACACAAUGCUUCAUAUUGCGCCUUUAAAGGCAUUUUCCCCAACGUUUGGGGAGAUCGCAUUCAUGGUAAACACUUCGCAUGUCGCCUCAAGCGUAAAUGACCUUUAAAAGUCUGUUAUUAUGGGCUGCGUUAUAGCCUACCUUGGAUUGAAUCCCAGCCUUAGGCCCAGACCAACGGACUUGAUCUCCAUAUCAAAUCAUUUCGGGGUAACAAUAAAGUUACUUAGUAUAGUUUUUAGUCAAAAUGGUCAAGAAUUUAAUUAAAUAGCUGUUUUACAAACCACUAUUUCUCAAGCAAACAUUUUGCCAGGUUGCAAUCUGUAAUUUCUUUCUAAACAUGAUUAUUGAUCAUUAUGAAUAUCAUAGUAAAUGUUUUAUGAUUUGUGUGUCUAUUAUUUUAAUGUAUCAUUCUAGGAAAAGUUUGGCUGGAUCGCAAGUUUUGGAAAUGACGGAUAUCCCUCUCAAAUCAAAGGACAACGUUGAGGUGGAAAAUGGAUACUAA